AUGAGAACGCUUUCACCUUUAUCAUCACCAUCAAGGGCGAUGAGCCUCACCUCAAAAGUAACAGGGGAAGAGAAAAUUCUUUUUCAGCAAACAUUUCAGUUGUUCGAUAAAGACGGGGACGGCUUCAUUGGAAGAGACGAGCUCUAUCAUACUUUGACCUCAUUAGGUCAUUCGGUUACUUUGAGCGAUAUGGAUAUAAUUAUGACAGAGAUUCAAACAGCAAAGAAAGGAGUCAUAUCAUUUGAAGAAUUUUGCUCUCUCAUGAAAACUCCAUCAAUGGAAACUGGAAUUGCCUUACCAACCCGAAGAAAAUCUAUUGCCAUCACAGACAAUCCUCCAAAGAGAAAUUCUUUAGCGGUGCAUGAUAAUUAUGGAACAACACCAAGAUCAAGAUCUCCUUCUCCGAUCUCACCUAGCAAAAGACGACACUCCACAGGUUAUGAAACAGCUGAAAAACAACAACUUCCUCAAAUCACAAAAAAACCUCCGACACAAACUGGUUUUUCACUCAGAAAAUUGUUUGGUGGUUCUAGAGCAAAAUCACCCUUACCUGGGUCCUCUGCUGCUCUUGAAAUGAACAAACAAGAAUCAUCGUCCAAGAGCACGUUACCUAAAUGUGCUUCAUCUACUCCAAGUACUUGGGUUGAUCAGGCAGCUUCCAUAGAAGACAUGAGGGAGGUGUUUGCCACUUUUGACAUCAACAAGGAUGGAUUUCUGUCUGUAAAUGAGUUUCGAUUGGUAUCUUCGAAAUUAGGCAUUGGAGUUGUAAUGGAUCAUGAAGAGAUAAGGCAACUGUUCAACCUUGUUGACAGUGACAAAGAUGGGUUAAUUUCUUUCGACGAAUUUUUAAAACUCUUCAACCUUUCAUAA